AUGAAGGGCGACGUCGAGAAAGUCGCUCUGCUCCCUACAACCCUCGACGAGGAGAUCCGCGCUGUCGACACGUCGAAGAAACGCAGUUCCCGGAACCUCUUCCGGCGAUGGCUCUUCAAGCGUGUACUGGUGUUCUAUGGUUUCGUCACGCUCUAUGUUCUAGCGAGGCGGACAUUCCUCAAGCAUGAUGAGGCCGCGCCGCGAGAGGAGAAAGCGGGUAUGUGGGCGUUGAAGGCAUUCGGGCCUCACAGCAAGUCCAAGGACCACAGCGCGGAGAUCGACGCGGAAGAGUUGUUCCUCUCUGUCCCCAGCACCGAGAGCGCCUUCGCCUCCUCGCGCAAAUGGGCGACCCACCCCCACCUCGCCGGCUCCUCCGAAGACCUCGAGGACGCAAAGGACAUCCUCUCCCUCUUCCAAGAGCACUUCAACAUCCCCAAGUCGCCUGUCCCACCCGUCUUCCCCGCUGGCUCGCCGCUCUCGCGCGCUGCGACCCUGGGCAUCAACAAGCUGCCCGCACCGGCAGCAUGGAUCGACGAGUACUACCCCGUGAUGAACACGCCUGUGAACCACAGCCUAUCGGUGCUCGGUGAGGACGGAGAGGCCGUGUGGGAGGCAGACUUGGAAGAGGACGGGGACCCUGCUGAUCCGGAAGCGUCGAAGUAUAAGACAUCGGUGUUGGCAUGGCACGGGCUGAGCAAGGAUGGCGAGGUCGAGGGCGAGCUUGUCUAUGCGAACUACGGCAGGAAGGAGGACUACGACGCGAUCGUCGCUGCGGGGGGAGACCUCACCGGCAAGAUCGUCCUCGCGAGGUACGGUGCGAUCUUCCGCGGUCUCAAGAUCCAACUCGCCCAGGAGUACGGCGCCGCUGGCGUCCUCAUCUACUCUGACACGCGCGACGACGGCGCCAUCACCACCGAGAACGGCUUUGCAAGCUACCCCGCCGGGCCCGCGCGCAACCCGACAUCCGUCCAACGUGGCAGCGUGCAGUUCAUCUCCGCCUACCCAGGCGACCCGACCACGCCUGGGAAGCCCGCGUACCCCGACGCGGAACGCACGGAAGGCGCGAACGUCCCCAAGAUCCCUAGCUUACCGAUCUCGUGGUUGAAUGCGCAGAAGCUACUGAAAGAACUUGGGGACAGUCUGGCUGAGGCGAGGACGGUAGAUGGGAGGUCGAGCGUGCGCAAGGUCAAGUUGGUCAACCAUGUUGACGACAGAGUUAUCCCUAUCUGGAACACGAUGGCUGCCAUCCCAGGGCAUAUCCGCAACGAGACCGUCGUCCUCGGGUGCCACCGCGACGCCUGGGUCAUGGGCGCAGUUGACCCGGUGUCUGGCACCGUCUCCUUGCACGAGAUCAUCCGCGGAUUCGGCACGCUGCUAAAGAGCGGCUGGAAGCCUCUCCGCAACGUCGUCAUUGCGAGCUGGGAUGCCGAAGAGUACGGCCUGAUUGGCAGCACCGAGUGGGCAGAGGACUUCCCGGAUUGGAUCCAGAGCAGCGUCGUUGCAUAUCUCAACGUCGAUGUCUCCGUCAGCGGCUCCGCCUGGCACGCGAGCGGUUCUCCCUCGCUCGCGCACCUCAUCCGCGCAGUUGCGCAGGACGUCCCGCACCCCACCGUCGCCGGCAAGUCUCUCUGGGACGCGCAGGACGACGAAGGUCCCUUCCUCAACGCGAGCCUCGUCGACCCCGAGACGCUCUCCAUCUACGAGGCCGCAAAGACCGCACGACGCGGGCCCAGCGACACCGGCGUCGGCGCGCUCGGCUCCGGGAGCGACUUCACGCCCUUCCUGCAGCGGCUCGGGAUCGCAAGCAUGGACCAGGGCUUUGGGGAAACGCUCGGCGACGCGCCGUACCAUUACCAUUCGAUCUACGACUCGGAAAGGUGGAUGGAGCUGUAUGGCGAUCCGGGGUUCCAUCGCCAUGUCGCGGUUGCUAAGCAUCUGGGCUUGACUGCGAUUCGGCUGAUUGACUCGGUCAUCCUCCCGCUGAACACGACGCAGUACGCGUUCGAGCUGGGUGUCUACCUUGACGGCGUUGAGAGCAUCGCCGCUUCGCUCCACCUCGACACCUCUCCCAACUUCUCCGGGCUGCGCAGCUCGAUAGAGAUUCUCCAGUCCGCUGCGCUCGCGCUCGCAGACGAGCUCGUCGCCGCAGAGAAAGAGUUCAAGGACGCGCUCGCGGACCUGCCCGCCCCCAGCCAGAAAGCGCACUGCAAGCACGCCCACCAGCACGGGCACCUCCCCAAGUGGCUCCGCAAGAUCCUGCGCAAGAUCCGCAAGCACUGGAAGCACAAGCCCGGGAACAAGGAGAAGGAGGCAUUCGAGCGCUUCGUGCGCGCGGCGAAGCGCGUGCAGAGCGGGAACGCGAAGCUGCGCCUGUUCGAGCAGGGCUUCAUCUCGGAGCAGGGCCUUGCGGAGAGGGAGUGGUACAGGCAUUUGGUCGUGGCCCCUGGGAAGUUCCUUGGAUACGGGGCGACGACGCUGCCGGCUGUGACGGAGGCGUUGACGAUUGAGAACAAUGGUACGUUGGCUGAGAUCGAGGCGAAGAGGGUCUCGGACCUCCUUGAUGGCUUGUCGCAAACUAUCGCCGUGUAA